AGCAGUAUAGCCAAUUGGCAAGUGCUGGGCGCCGGAACAGCGAGUCCCUCGGGCCUCGAGGCACUUAAGCAUUGAAGAAUGCAUGAAAGGUCCAAAACCUAUCUGCAUCUGACAUGUCAUCAUCCCGUUAGCCAGCAUAUAUGGUGCCAAGCUUCCAAUGGCAAUGUAGGCAUCGACGAUAUCAAUAUAAUAGAACUACAGUCUGGCAGACCUGGAGUCCUGCUAGAAUCAAGGGGAGGGACCUGGGUUUGGUAUCAAUUACGAGGGCAUUCAGUUGCUGUUUGGCGGCAUUUUAACAAUGCAGCGGAUGGCAAUCAUCCCCAACAUCUGAGCUAGCCGAAAGCAAAUGUUUCCUCAAUGCGAAAGCCUCCAAAUUGUCGUCAUCAACUGGUAGCCUGGAGUGGAUGCGUCGGAGUCUCAUCAUCAAGGACAAACUGGAACGUGUGAAUUGUGAAGC